AUGCCACAGACAGUGCCUUUGCGUGCGGUACAAAGCUUGGAUUGUAUUUUAUUGUUUAUAAUAUUAAUAUUUUAUUAUAAUGGCUAAGUUUUUGGUUCUGUGUCUGGGUGUCUUGGCUGCGGCUAUCAGCAGUACCAAAGCUCUCACCUCCGAGGAGCUCCUCAAGAUCGAAGCAGACAUGUUGGUGUACGUCAAGGACUGCGCGGACAAGUUCAGCGUCAGCGAUGACGACCUCAAGGAGGCGAAGGAGAAGGAGAACAUAGACAACAUCAGCCCCUGCUUCUUGGCGUGCGUCUUCAAGAAUGCUAAUUUGAUCAAUGAUAAAGGUUUAUAUGACCCUGAAGUCGUCACUGGCAAACUGAGUGACAAGUACCUGAGCAACGAUGAAGACAAAGCUAAGAUGGCUGAAAUCGCGAAGGACUGCACUAAAGUGAAUGAUGAGUCGGUUUCGGAUGGGGCUGAGGGCUGCGAGCGUGCGAAACACCUUCUGGGAUGCUUGGCUAAGCACAAGGAUGCUCUCAAAGGCGGGCGUUAAGGAAGGACAUGGUGAAAUGAAGCUGACGUUUACCGACUAGGAUAAUUUUACAACGGAACUCUACUUAUUGUAUUGUAUGCUCACUUUUUGUUUAUUAAAUGAAAUCAAUGUUC